AUGGCCGACCACAGUGCUAGUCACCCUACCCUCUCAAUUCCAGUGAACAGUAGGCUGUUCACAGACUCUGGUAGAAUACGAGUGUGUCUUGGCCCAGAGGUGGUGGCCGAGUAUUGGGGAGACAAGCCGGGUGACAAGCAGUUUCACGACCAUUGGACACGUGCGGUGGCCCAUAUGCGGGAGGUGUCGGAGACGUUGAACGUGCGGCUAUCAAACAUGCGGGCGAUGCCGGCGUCGGCAUCCUCUGAUGCCACCCCGAUCAUCAUCCAUACAGACGACAAGAACGACCAGCGUCAGGUGUCGGUGAAAAGCUGGAAACAAAGACAAUCGACCGAUAUGUUCAACCCGUGGCUGGACGUCGUCAGUCUGGCACGCAGAGUAACGCAGGUUCCUUCGGGUCCUUUAUUUCCAAUCGAGAAACUACCGGUUGAGCUUCUCCAAUACCUUGCCCGAUUCCUGCCGGGGGAAGCCGCAGCCGCGUUAGCCUUGGCCAACAAGAGCAUGUUGGUGAAGUUAGGCCGCCAGUACUUCAAGGACAUGGACAAGGACCGCCGCUGGGAGUUUCUGCUGCUCCUGGAGAGGGACUGUGACUUCUUUGUGGCCUGUCGGGUGUGCGAGACCUUGCACAGCCCGUUCAUUUCGAGCUCCCGCCGGAGUUACCCCCUGAAGGGCAAAUGCACCGCGACAGAAGACUUUGUUGUGCCGCACGGCAUCACGCCGGCGUACUGUCGGCUACUCGCUCGCCGCUUUCUCAACGGGGAAUCGUACACCGACGUGCUCGGCCAGGGCACGCACACCAAGAGUUUGUCGUUACCGGACUUAAAGAUCUUUCACAAGACUAUGCCCAAGGUCGUCGACGGACGACUCCUUGUCAAGGAGGAGACCUUUAUUGCCACGCUUUUCCGGGCAGAUAAGAGCUCUACCGGCCAAAGCAGUGCCGAGAACACCGUCGAUAACACCAUGGAGAACACCGCCGAGAACCCCAUAGAAAGCCCGUUCGGCACCCUUUCCUCACGUGCCGCCUACGUCUUCAACGACCUCACCCGACCCUUCCACGGCGCAUUCCUCUGUCCCCACCUAGAGUGGUGCCACCUCGGCGUCGAGCUAAUCCGGGGCACGGUCAACGAUUCCACAAAGACCAAAGACAUGAUCAACCCUUUCAUCGCCGACCACCGUUACGCCGCAGCUCACCUCGAUUACGAUAAUGAAAGCAUCCGCAGUGGUGAUCCCCGGUGCCGAGCACGCCUCCAUUGCCCGGCCACAGGGCCCAGCAAUCAAGCACAUAUCCCGGCGUGUUAUAGCGCGACGGAUCCUGUGCCGGUCGAGAUCUUGGAGACGGUUCCCGAUCCGGCUAUUACCUGUGCGCUGCUGCAUGCGCAGCCGUGUGCCCGAACGGAAUGCCUGGAAAUGGCAACGCCAAGGCGUAUUUUUAACCUCGUCCGCUCGUGUGCACUGUGCACGACUGAUGUGUGCGUUGGCGUGCAGGAUGACAUGGGCGAUGUUGAAGAACAAGCAGAAGACGAAGAAAACGGACAAGUGGAAAGCGAUGGGAAGGAAGAAGUGAAAGAAACCGGUAAAGAAACAGACAAAGAUAUAAACAAAGCAAAAGGAAAACAAAAAGCCACAAACAUCGCUACCAACCAAAAGGGAUUCGGCCGCAUCAUCACCCUAACAACCUGGAAAGACCUAGGCGGCGUGUACGAGAACCAGUGGGCGUCCUGGGACUCGCACUACGCACAUGUUUUGCUUCUGGGGUUAGCCUUUCAGAAUGCCGACAAGGUGUAUCGAGAGAUGAUCGGUCGGGAUAGGGACGGUGUCGCACGGGUGUAUGGGGCGUUUGAGGGAGUUGAAGUUGACCGUGAAGGAGAAGCCGACCAGCUGGAUUUCGCGUUUCCGAGCUUUUAUCAGGCCAUGGUCACGCCGCAGAUUCGGCGUCGGUGGACUGAGGGCGCGCGGAGGGAUGGGGAGGAUUCGUGGGUUUUUGCGGUGCCGUUCUUUUCGGGGCGGUAUCUUUAG